AUGACCGAGCGGCAAGCAACGAAAGAGCCCGAGGCCGCUGCGGUCCCACGGGCGCAGAAUGAACCUCUCCCUGGUGUUUUGCCUGCUCAACACUGGGCCCAGAUAGCACAGACCCAGGACCCAGAUGACGAUGCGGAUUCGGCUAUUGAGGAUAACGCCAGCAGCACUGCUUCUUUGUCUUCGUCUAUUUUUCAGUAUCGGACGAUCCACGGCCGGACGUACCACAGCGAUCGAGGAAAUGCCGAGUAUUGGGCAUCAAACGAUGAGAGACAGAAUGACGCACUGGAUAUCAUCCAUCAUGUUCUCACACUCUCUCACGAUGGCAAACUUCAUCUAGCCCCUUUGAAAGAUGACGUUGAGAAAGUCAUCGACAUAGGAACAGGCACAGGCAUCUGGGCAAUCGACUUUACCGACGCGCACCCCAACGCAAAAGUAGUUGGUACCGAAAUCUCGCCCAUACAGCCUAGCUGGGUACCACCGAAUCUUGAGUUUCAAAUGGAUGACUGUACGCAAGAAUGGACCUUUGGGGAGAACUCCUACGAUUUCGUGCACAUCCGAUGGCUUUUCGGAAGCAUCAUGGACUGGACCGCUCUGUUCAAGCAGGCUUACAAGACUCUGAAGCCUGGCGGAUACAUCGAGACACAAGAACCUUCCAUUCGCUUUGAGAGCGACGAUGGUACUGUGAACGAAAAGACUGCCAUGGGACAAUUUGGUAAGAUCUUUGUGGAAGGAGGUAAGAAGAUGGGUCGUACCAUGACAGUCUUGGAAGAUGGUAUUCAGCGCAAGGCGUUGGAGGAGGCUGGGUUCGAAGCGAUCGAGGAAGCUAACUUUAAGACUCCCAUCGGAUCCUGGCCGCAUGACCCAAAUCAAAAGGAGAUUGCCAGGUUCCAGCAACUCGCUGUCGAACAGGAUACAGAGGGAACAAUGAUGUACGUUGCGGCCCUGGCAGGCUGGAGCAAAGAAGAAGUUACGGUAUACAUUGCCCAACUUCGAAGAGAGUUUCGGUCCAAGGACAUUCAUGGCUACUAUCGACGAAAGGUUCUCUGGGCGAGAAAGCCCGGAGCGGCUUGA